CAGGCGGACAAGGACGGGAGGACAUGCGCGCACAUGGCGAGCGAGGGAGGGCAUGUAGAGGCGCUACGGUACUUGAGGGAGGUAGGGGGCCGGGAGCUGCUCGCUCAGCCGGACGUGUACGGGAGGACAUGCGCGCACAUGGCGAGCGAGGGAGGGCAUGUAGAGGCACUACGGUACUUGGGGGAGGUAGGGGGCCGGGAGCUGCUGGCGCAGGCGGACAAUCAAGGGAGGACAUGCGCGCACAUGGCGAGCGAGGGAGGGCAUGUAGAGGCACUACGGUACUUGAGGGAGGUAGGGGGCCGGGAGCUGCUCGCGCGGGCAGACAAGGAAGGGAGGACAUGCGCGCACAUGGCGAGCAGAGAAGGACAUGUAGAGGCGGUACGGUACUUGGGGGAGGUAGGGGGCCGGGAGCUGCUGGCGCAGGCGGACAAUCAAGGGAGGACAUGCGCGCACAUGGCGAGCGAGGGAGGGCAUGUAGAGGCACUACGCCGCUGGGGCAGCCCGGACAGUCACGGGAGGACAUGCGCGCACAUGGCGAGCGAGGGAGGGCACGUAGAGGCGCUACGGUAUUUGAGGGAGGUAGGGGGCCGGGAGCUGCUGGCGCAGGCGGACAAUCAAGGGAGGACAUGCGCGCACAUGGCGAGCGAGGGAGGGCAUGUAGAGGCGGUACGG